AUGCUGCUUCCGUCUGUUAGAAACCCAAACAAUACAAUCGUAUUGGCACCAAAGUUCAAUUUUGAAAAUCUUACCCCGAAGCCUCCUUCAAGGGAGCUCCCAAGAAUUUACAAGUCUUUUGAAAGAAAACGCAAUCGAUAUUCAAAUGGCCGAGAUAGCAGUUUUUCAAACGGUAUAAGAAGUGAUCAUAGUCCCACUAUGUUGCGUACACCUUUGUCUGUUAAAAAUCAUUCAAAAAAGUUCAUUGAGCUUGCUAAUCUGAAAGAGCGACUCAAGAGAAGAAUUGAAACAAGGGAAAGAAAAACUGAACUCUCGGCUAAACUAGGAAAGCAAUAUGGCAUAGUUUUUGAUAAAUUAUCAUUAUUAAAAUAUACAGAAGAAGAAAUGAUUGAAAAAGCAGUAAAGUAUCAUAAAAAAGUUACAUGUGAAAAUGCUUCGAAAUUAAUUCAACAUACAUGGAGAAAAUAUAGAGUAAAGCAAAAUAUUGCUUUCGAAAAACUAAAAGUAAGGGUCGCUGCUAGAAAAAUCCAGAGUUGCUGAAUAAAGUAUCUUACACAAGUUUUAAUACCAAAAAAACAAAAAAUGAUAUAUAAUAAAGCUGCUGUUACAAUACAAAAAAAUUAUCGAGGAUAUUCUGUGAGAAGGAAAUAUAAACUGAUUUUUCAAGGGCUAAAGCUCAAACGGGCUUUAAAGUAUUUUGAAGAUCUCCAGAGAAAAAUGAAUCAAGAAAGUGCAAAAAUAAUACUAAAAAAUUGGAAAUCAUAUAAGCUUAGAAAGGCUAUAAAGAAAAAGAUUGAUGACAAAGCCGCUAAAAAGAGAGCUGAAAAAUUGGAAUCUUUGAGAGUUAAUUUACCGCUUCCAGCACGAAAAAAUUCUGAUAAUUUUAGAGAAAUGCUGAAAAACAAUCAAGAUUUCGACCCAGAUGCUCCACCUGAAAGAAUUAGAAGCAGAACAAGGGUUGAUCAUUCAUUCCAGGACCGAAGGCAUUUCUUUAACACACAAACUAGAUCAUUCAUCGUUUCAGUGCAAGACACAAUAGCUGAAGUUUAA